UAGGAGAAUAAUAUUCUGUGAGUGUUAAAUAUGGAAAAAGAGAAUACAACCAAGUCACAAGUUAUCACUGUGGUACCAAAGCUUCUUGUGAAAAAGCAACCACUCUUGAAGUUCAGCAGUGCCUAUAUACCCCUUGUGACCAUUCAAUUCAUUGCUGGAAUGUCAAGCAUUUUACUUGGGUUGGCAGCCAUUUGUAUUGAAAUAUAUUACGGACAAUCAUUCUUUGAUACUGGAGCUGGCAUUUGGUGUGGAUGCUUUUUUCUAGCUACUGGUGUUCUUGGAUAUUUGGCUGAUAAACAAUCAAAGCAAUGUCUGAUAAUUGGUACAAUGGCUAUGUCUAUCUUGAGUGCCGGUUUGGCUUGUGUGAUGUUCGCACUUGAUUUCCUAUCUAUGCUUCAUGGGCAUGCGGCAAAGGAAAAAGCAGCUGUUGCAAUUCAUUUUGUUUUGGACAUAAUUGCGUUUGGGGUUCUACUGGUAUCAGUUAAUAUUGCAGCAUAUUCUUGUGGUGCAGUUUGCUGCAACAAAAACAAUGCAACAGAUUCUAGAAACACUGAACUACCUGCAGAUGGAAAAUUUGUUAACGAAGGUUUUGGUCAGUGUGAAAAGGACAAGACAAUGUUGAUUUGAUGGAUUAUGCAUUUUGUACACAACGACUACAUGUACAUAACUUUAUAUUCACAUUAAGUUAUUAGCAGACACAACUUGUGUUAUAUCUUCAAAAUCUGUUGCUGCCUAAACCAAGUGUUUUUAUAAAAAAUUGCGUAGAUUUAUUUAAAAUGUUAUUGAAUAUAUGGCACGUUGAUUUAAAUCGUAUCUAGAAAUAAAUUAAUGUUUUUUCACUUAAAAACAAGUUACACAAAUAAGUUUGUCACUUCAUUAACAAAAAUUGACCGGUUUGUUAUAACAUACCUCAUAUAAUGCAAAACACUUUAACUUUUGCAAAGUUAUAUUUUAAUAAAAGUUGUGUUACUUAUUUCUGUUACAUUAUACCAACACCAUAACAAACCAAUUGUACAGGCCCAUGUCAUAUACAUUAUACAUGCCAUAGAAAAGUUGAUACUAUAAUUUGAUAAAUGUUGUAGAACUGCUGUUUUCUUGUAUAUCUGUCCACAAUUUUUGUUUAUUUUACCAUUGUGUUUAUGUGUCUAUUUAUAGCUUAGUUGCUAACAGUGCAAAAUGUACCUUGUAGUUUCAUUUAAACAACCUUUACUUUUUUGUUUAUUUAAUGUGAACAUUUUAAAUUCUGUUAAUAUUACACAAUUAUUUGAGUUUUGGUUGUUUUUUAUAAAGUAAUUAGUUUUUAAAACAAUGUUUAACCAUCAUGCUGGUAGGAAAUAUACAAAAUAUAUAUAAAUGGAUUCGAGUAAGUAUAUUUUGCUACACUUUAAGAAACCUAUUUGGUUUACACUAAAACUCUGUUUGCAAGAAAUUUGAAGUAAAAAUAACAACAAAAAUUUAACGCACAUACUCUAAAAUUCGACAUACCAAUAAUAUGUUAUAAGAUAUAUCAACUUAUUAAGUUAAGUGUAAAAAGUGUCUGUAGAAUUGGUGACUGCAUUUUAGUAUUAUGAAUUCGUGUAUUUUGUUUCAGGUGGCAGGGCAGGGACAGUCUAUAAUAGCGUUCCAUUUCAUACACCUCACUUUAGCGUUUUGUAACUUUGUGGGUGAAUGUAUUUCUAGUUAACUAACAACUAUAACACGCUAUUAGUGACCAUUGGGUUGAAGUAAUUGCUGUUAAAUGGCAUGCCCAAGGUCACACAGGCCACAGGUAUCCAGGAAAAUACAAACAGGACGUUUUGUUUGUUUAAUAUUCUGCUCCUUUUAAACACAAGUUAUAAUAAGGUUUAGCAUAGUAUGACGUAUUAUAACUGUUGUUUUCCUUUACAAUUUCGUAGUGUUUAGGCAAAGCAAUUUACCGUUUAAUUUUAAACAUGUGUUGGUUUCAUUAUAUUUACAGAAGUGUUCUUAUGCGCGGCUGUCUGUCGAGAAACCGAAAGCGCCAAACAUAGACAACUUAUAUAUUAGCAGCCAUUUAAAGGGAAGUCAUAUGAUUUACGUAAUCGAACGAUGUUUGCAGUUUAUUCAUUUCCUUGCUUGAGACUUGAAUGUUGCGAAACGCUUUGACUUUGUAAAAUAAAUUCGUUCCAUAAGGCUUAUUUUCUUACCUAAUACUUUAUAACUUUGCUGCAACCGAAAUAUAGA